AUGAAUAAAAUUUUUAUUUUAAAAAUUUUUUUUAUAAUUUUUAUAAAUAAUAUUAUUUUUAUAAAUUGUAAUAUUAUUGGAUCAAAUUAUACAUUAAAAAAUGUUAGAGUUUUAGAUACAGAUGUAGAAAUUAUUAGUGGUUCAAUUUAUUUUGAUGAACCAUUAUAUUUAUUAGAAAGUUAUACAUGCGCAGAUUUAAAUACUAAUUGGUGCCAAGACCAUCUAGUUGAUAUUGGUUAUGAUCCAGAUUGUCCACCAUGUGAUUAUACAGUUUCUGGAUGUAGUAAAGGUUACGAUGAUAGACCAUCAAAAUGCAAAGCAUGUAAUGAAAAAGGUAUACCAGGUAAUAAAGAUAGAACCCCAUGUCAACAAAUUUGGGAAGAUUUAGAGUUGGGCGUUAGUAAACGUGGCUUUAUUCCAUCGGUCAACAAUGCACACAUUAUGUAUAGAAUCUAUUUACCAUUAUCAUGUAUAGGUUAUAAAGUUUCAUUCAGAACUAUUCAAGGUAAAGCAAAUUAUCUAGCAGAUUUUAAUCCAAUUAAUCCAGUAGUUGGUGCUACUUCAAGAGCUAUACAAUCAGAAGAAAUUGAUGCAUCAUUUACAUUUUGUCCAAACACAUUAUCAUUUAAUUAUACAGGUACUUAUGAAACAGAAUAUCCAUAUGGAACUCUUCAAAUUGGUGUUAUAAAUCGUGGUGUUACCGAUGUAGUUUUAGAUAUCAUAAUAGAGACUAUUGAUAUUCCAGUUCCAGAAAAUAAACCAUGUACUCAAGUGGAUCCAGAUAUAGAAUGUUUGGAAGAUGGUCAGAUUUUUUACGAACCAAAUUUUGUUGAUGAGAAAUCUUUUAUAAAAUAUAGUUUUGAAAUUAAUGAAUGUAAAAAUAUAACUUUUUCAACUGUAACUUUAUUUAACGAUGUAGAUAUUUAUGCUACUGACGAAGAUCCAUCAAAUUUUUCAGAAAAUAAUUAUAAAUGGGGUUCUUCUUAUUCAUUGGAUGAUACAAUUAUUAUACAAAUUUGUCCAGAUAUAGGUGAAAACUCAAAAAUUAUAUAUUUUGGUGUUCAUAUAUAUUAUUCAACAGAUUUCUUUUUUACAAUUUCAACUAAAGGUCAAUAUAAAUUAACAGAUAUUUCAACUCUUCCAACAGUGGGUGGUACUUGGGCAUUAACUGGUUCAUCUUAUUUAUCAUUCACAGAAAAUUCAAAAGAAAAGAGAUUAUUUUGUGAUAAUUAUGAUUCAAGAUGUAUAGAAUUCUUCCCAUCAGCACCAAGAGUUAGUAAUAAUCCAUUAUAUCCAGUACCAAAUACAUUUGGAAAUGGCGGUCAAGGUUUAUCUCAAUUCGAUGGGAUUGAUCUUAAUGAAACUGUAAAUGCUGCACAACCAAAUGUUUAUCAAUUUGGUAUAAUCUCUUCAGUCACAGUCAAUGGUAUUAUUUAUAAUUAUUUCGAUCCAAAUAAUUUAGAGACAACAAAAAUCAAUUUCCUCAAUCGUUUAGUUUAUUCAAAUGGAAAACAUAUUGAAGGAUCCGUUUCAAUUGGCAAUAGAGUAGAACCAAAGUGUAGUUAUCAAAAGUUUUUAAAAAUUAUAGAUGAACAAAAUAUAGUUUUAGAUAAAAUAGAUAAAACUUCAGCAACUUUAAUCAAUGGUUUACGUUAUUAUUUCGAUAUUUUAUCAUUUGAAGAUGAUUACAACUCUUGUAAAGUAAUGGCAGAGUCUUUGUUGGUUUUCAAUUAUUCGACAACAAUUCAAAAUACAACUGUUUGUACUGGUACAAGUGAUAAGAAUCAAUAUUUAAAUGACCCAUGUUGUUCAUUGUAUGCCUCUUUUGGUUCAUGCUGUAGAACUAGACCACAAGAAAUAACGACUAAAGUUUAUCUUGGUAAUAAUGAUAGUGUUCAUGAUCAAUGUUCAUUCCCAGAUUGUGCAAACUCUGUAUUGGAAACAUUUGUUAACUCUGUAAUUGGUUCUCAAUAUGAUCAAUGUAAAGUUUCAAAUUCAGAAGAAAAUUAUUUUACAAAUAAUUUAUAUCAAGUUUUUCGUUCAUGUAAAUCUCAAUUAUCACCAAAAAAAUGUAAUAUCGAUAGUGACUGUGGCGGCAACAAUUUUAAAUGUAAUCAAAGAAAUGGUGUUUGUCUUAUUCCAUAUGAACAAGUUGAACGUAAUUAUAUUGGUUGUAUUUUAGAUAAUAUUGCAGAUCCAUUAAGAGCAGAGGUUAUUAGAGUUUUAAAUUUUUCAAAUAUUUCAGAUAAUCAACAACUUAUUGAUAAACUAUAUGAAGCUUAUCUUUUCAACGAUUGUGUAACAGAUUAUGGCGUUCAAUCAUGGAGUAGACUUAGCUAUACUUAUUUGCCAAAUAGCGACGUUGUUGGAAAUUGCUAUCCUCUCGCAAAAGGUUUGGAUACAGCUGGUGGACUCGAUACAUAUGACAAUUGUUACCAAGGCCUUAAUACUUUUUUUUGGAUAGCAGAAGUAUAUUCAAAUGAAUCAUGUCAAGAACUUGCAAGAUGUGAUUGGAUGGGUGAUGAAGGUCACUACAACAGUGAAUCCUUUAAAGAUUGUCUCGUUAAUCCACCAGAGUAUUUUUGUGGUGAUUGUACCGAUCCAGUUAGAACAUGUUUUGUAAAUAAAACUAUAAAUUCACAAAGCACUUGCGAAAGUAAAUAUGUAUGUUAUGAUAGGGAUUAUACAGACGAAUUACUAUACUCGUCAGGUUAUGAAACAGUUGACGAUCCAAGUUUAUGCGCAGAAAAAGCAGGUUCUUGUUCAGUAGGUUGUGGUCUAGAAUGUGAUACAGACUUUGGUGGAUGUGUUAUUAAAACUGACUAUCUCUUUUGUAUAGAUGGUGAUUUAUCAUAUAACCCAAAUGAUGGUCAAUAUUAUUGUGCCUAUUACAUAUCAGAAUCACAAUGUCAAAGCAUUGGAGGUGAAUAUAAAAAGUGUCAAUUCAGCGAUGAACAGUGCACAAUUUGUAAUGAUCCAAUAAAUGGUUGCGAUACAUUUGGUAUAAGAUGUAGAAUGAAGGAUAUACCUUGCAAAACUAAACAAGAGUGCGAAGCUGCUGGUUCCUGUUCGGAUAAAUACUUUUUCAGUACUCAAAUUUCAAACUAUCCAACAUAUAAACCCAAAUGUUUAUUCCCUCGUACUACCAUCCCACUUUUUACACAAAGUUUACCAACAUGUGAAUACGGUACACAACAAGAUACACCAUAUGGUUGCUUUAAUUUAACAUUAAUGGACAAAGACGAAUGUGAGGCAGCAAAUGGUAUAUGGUGGGAAACUUUCUCUCAAACCGAACAAGAAUGUACAAACUCACCCAAAGCAUGUUAUGGACUCGAUACUUCAGUUGGUUAUCUCUUACCUUUAACCUAUCGUUAUAAUUCAAAAUCACAAGCCGAUUGUUCAUGUGCAGGCGAAGAAUGGAAAAAUCCUUUCAGUUGGACCCAGGGUGUAUGGAGUGAGGGUGUUGCUGUUCCAUUAAAAUGGAUUAAAAAUGAUAACCCAAUCACUCAAAUUGCAAAAACCAAGAUUUCAUUAAAUUUCUCAUAUUUAUUUAGUAUUUUUAAGGAUGCAGUAUUUAGUAGAAAAACUCUUCUUUAUAAAUCUGAAGUAUUAUGUCGUAGUAGUAACUCUAAAAACUCAUUAGAAGCUCUUUCAUGCAGUUGUACUGAAGGUGGUGGUACUGAUACUUGUUUCGAAAAAUUAGAACCACCUGUAUUACAAGUUAUCAAACCUUGCUAUGAUGGAUUAAAUACAACAAUAUUCAAUAAUGGUACAAUAACAUUCAAAGCAGGUUCAAUUUUAGAAAAUAAUUGUGUCUCUAUUAGUAUUGGCCAAAUCUUUAAAGAAUCUUUCCUCUCUAAAAAAGUAUUAGGUCUCUCAUCAACAUUUGUCACCUUUGAUAGACCAGAAGAUUAUUCAAUUUUUAAUCAAAAGAAAGCAACAAUUGGUAAACUAUUGGCCGAUGGCAUCAAUUUACAAUUCUAUGAUGUUGGUGCCGAAUACUUUGAAUUAUGUAUGUCCCUAGACAAUUCAAGAAAUUCAAAAGUUUUCCCACAUUUAGAUUUUUCACUUUUAAUUAAUGAAAAAGAAGGUGAAAUGAAACCAUUACAAUGUAAUAUUACAACAGAUUCUUAUGGUAGAUAUUGUUGUGACAUUAGUGAUAUUAAAGUUGGUAAAAAUUCUUAUUUCUUAAUAGAAAGAAUUGGUAAUUGGGAAAAUGAAAAUUAUAAACCAUUCAAAAGUGGUUCAUCAGCAAUGCUUUAUAUUUUAGCAGUAUUUUUCUGUUUAAUGUCAAUCUAUGGUAUUUUAAAUCUUUCAUUAUUUAUACUUCAAAAAUUACUUUCAACAGAACCAUUUAAAUUAGUACAUUUAUUAUUUUUAGUUUUAACUGCAUUUUGUGUUAUUCGUUCAAUAUAUUUUUUCAUUUUACCAAGUGGUUAUAUUAAAGAAAGUACAACUGUUGGAAAUUAUAUUUUAGUAGUAUUACCAACAUUCCUUUAUUUUACAGCAUUUACAGUUGUUAUUGUUAUUUGGUAUAUGUUAAGUAGCGCUCAAUCAUUUAAUACCAAUAUUUAUAAGAGAAUCUAUUCAAUGAUUUUCGUGAUCAAUGUAAUUUUAUAUAUAUUUUUCAUUAUUAUUGUAGUAGUAUUCAAUUUUACACAAGAAGAUGACCCACCAACAUGUGGAGGUAGAUUAUCAAUUACUUUAGAUCAAACUAGACCACAAAAUAUUGUAUCAAUUCUAUAUGCUGUCCUUCAAGCAGUACUUUCAUUGAUUAUUGGUUUUGCUUUCAUCUACUAUGGUCAUGCUGUUUAUAAAAAACUUAGAGGUUUAACAAGUAAUGUAUCACCAGCUGCUGAAAAACAAAAGAAGAGAACUAUUCAAAUGGCCAUUAUUUGUAGUGCUGGUUUUGUUUUACAUUGUAUAUUUAUUAUUAUACUUGUAAGUGUUAAUCCAAGUAAUAUUGUUUUUUCAUUUAUUUGUCUUAUCAUCACAGAAAUCAUUCCAGUAAUUACACUUUUUGUUACCAACAAUCAAGUACCAAUUUAUAGAUAUUCAAAAAAAGGUAUUAAAGGUGUAGUUAAGUUGACUUCUUCAGGCAAAGCUUCUCAUUUAUCUGAAAGUACCGCUGUACAAAAUCCAAGAAAAUCAAAUUCUAAAAGAUCAAUGUCUGAAAAAAAUACAGAUUCAACACAAAGUUCAAUUACUCCAGAAUAA